AUGGAGAAGCAGCCACGUCGCUUCCCCCUCCCCAGAGAUGAUCCGAGAAGCGAAUUCGGUUUGCCUUAUGUAGCCCUGGAGUUGACAUGGGACCGGCCGUCAGAGCUCGCAAAUAAGGAGGGACAGCUGGUUUACCAGGUCAGCGCAAGACCCGUUGUGUUGCCAUUGAUCGCAACCGAAUCCCGACUCCCUGAAAGUGGCGAAUAUGCGUCAAUUGUGGCUGCUAAACGCGUCGGGGCUUGGGUUGGAGGAACGCGCAUCUUGGCAAACGUUACUACAGAAACCUUCUCCUCCACGGAAAAGGAUGAUCUGGGAUUCGGCAUAACCUACGAGUUCCAGGUUUCUAUCAUCAAUUCCACCAUGGCUGGAACCUCGGAAAGAAUCAAUGUCACCACUCCUGAAAGUCAUCCCUCAAGUUUUCCUUUAAAACUUCGUGUUCGUGGAAUCGGUCCAAGCGAGGUGGAAGUGACCUGGGAGCCACCGGCUCUCAACGCUCGCAACGGACGCCUCACAAGUUAUCAGGUCCGCUACUACGAAGAUGGCGCGGAAAGCGAAACCGAACAACUAUUUGACGUCCUUGUGCCAGAGCAGCUAAAGUACACAGCAAGAGACCUCAAGACGCAGACCUACUACCACUUUAUGGUGAGGGCCUUCACCAACAGCGGACCUGGACCGUGGACGCGGUCGAAUACUUUCCAGACGACUGGAGAAAGACCCCCGCCGCCAGUGGAUGUUCAAGCCAUCCGAAUCAACCAACACCAGAUCAAGGUCACCUGGCGCAUGCCAGAGACGGAACUUUCAAACCGUCUACCCACCUCCUCGCGUCCCACUUACAAACACGCAUCUAUCCAAGGUUUUCAAAUCCUCUACGCGCCUAAUGACAGCCCCUACGACUCCUCCGGUUGGACAACCUAUGACGUGGGUCCCUUCCAAAUGGCCAUUAUUUCCCACCUCCAGAGUAAAUCACCCUACAUCAUCCGAGUUAAGUCAAAAGGACCCGAUGGCAGGUAUGGCGAGUGGAGCGACCCUCCUGCUGUGGCGCGGUCGACAAUGGCCACGUGGGGAACCGACUUCUCUGUGCGGAGCCUCCUUUGUACCCCGGGGUUGACAAGCGCAAAAAUAACAUGGCAACGACCAGAAAAUACCAAGGGACUGGUCGGGUUCAAUAUCCGUGCGUCUGGUUCCAAGGAGUACGCUGACGAGUCGGGCGUAAUGCGGCGGCAGACAUUUGACCCGAGGAGUGCUCGACAGGCAUUCUUUGAUGCCCAAGACGGUUACGAUUACGUUGUCAAGGACCUCGAGCCCAAUACAAUCUACGACAUUCAAGUGAACGCCUAUUAUGAAACCGGAAUGAAUCUGGAAAGCAACUGGGAAACCACAAGCUGCCAUACUGAAAUGCAAAGGCCUGAGAAGGUCGCUCCACCUCUGCCCAUAUCAGCUCUAGAGGACCGUAAGCAGGUCCACUUGAAGGUUUUCCGUGUCAGCGAACGCCUCGGCAAAAUCCGUCAGUAUUACUUGAUGGUUAGCCCUUGGCACCUAACGACUGCUCCUUUGGAUAUGCUCACUGUUGAUGAGAUAAUUGCCUCUUCUCGCAACCUUCCUUCGACUAAAACACGCUACGUUGCUGCGCGGUUUACGCAGGACUACUUCGAGCCAGCCGGGACGAGUUCCAGAGACUUCAUUCUCGGCGGAACCGAUGGCCUGGUGCUCCCCCCACCCCCCUUCAGUGGCCCUCUGCGCACGCGUCGCAGUCCGGCAGUCGUUCGGGGCAAAGUCUAUUCGACGAACAGCCAACAAAACUGGCUCUUGAAUGAUGCCGGCGCAGUUGACGAGGCCUCGGUGGCAGCUUCAGCCUACCUCGACGCAGCUGUCGUCUUCGAUAACAAACCAUUGGAGGCUGGACAAAUCUACUGUACUCUGGUGCUCGCAUGUACCUUCCAAGGAAACGGAUCCAGUUUGGAUGGCUUUGGAACCUGCACAGCGUCUCCAUGGUCUCCACCCUUUGCAACAGAUCCUUACCUCCCAGCGUUGCUGGAAUUGAGGGCUCCUUCCGGCCACAUGGCCACUCCUUCGGGUUCCGCGGGUGACAGUUCUUUAGUCUUUGGAUCAACCGAUCUCUAUACUGUCUCCAUCGUUGCGGUUAUUCUUGGAGCUGCAGUAAUUACGACAAUUUGCACGGUUUUGGUUUGCAUUUUCCGGCGUCGUCGUAAACCGAAGCUGCUGGCCCGUCCAGUUCACCUGGACCAGAGCCUAAAGCAGCCCCUAAUGAACGUCACCGAUGGUGUUCCCUCCUCCCAACAGCCCGCAGGCGCCUUCUACAACUGUGCCCCUCCCAUCACGGGGACCAUUUGUGCCAACAACGGCGCUCUUUCCAUGUCCCCACCCGGUUACUCCCAACUUGUUGGAAUGCCUUCCACCUGUGUCACUUACCACAACAGUGCUCAGGACCCCACUAUUUCCACCCAAAUAAACAGUUUCCCACGAAGCAGUUAUCCCUACCGAUCCGAUUCUUCAUCGGGCAUCUCUGGCGGCGGGGGUGUCGGGAGUCGGCCUCCUCUCAUGGGAGUGAUGUUCCCAUCAGUUGGUGAGAGCAACAAGGUUGACCUACUGGAUGGGGGUGGCGUUUCAUGUAGCCUCUACCCAACCUCUCCCCGAUCGAACGGCGUGCUCCCUCGCAUUGGGGCAGGCGGACCCUAUAACACUUUCAGUAGACAUGCCCUCGCCACCAAAAACGCCUCAUUGGGGGAAAGUGUCGGCAGAGGAAUAUUUUCCAAUGACGGCGCGACAACUGAAGAUGCAAAUAGUGUGGAUUUACAGCAUCUGUUUUACGGGAACAAUUCCCUCUCAAGGCGACCAAUCCCAGCUGCAUAUUUGGCUGAACACAUAGUGAAGCUGAGCGCAGACGACAACAGAUUAUUCUCCCAAGAAUACGAAUCAAUCGAUCCCGGGCACCAGUUCUCCUGGGACAACUCAAACUUCGAGGUGAACAAGGCUAAAAAUCGAUACGCGAACGUCGUGGCCUAUGACCACUCGCGUGUCAUACUCAGAGCCAUUGACGGUGUGCCGGGGUCAGACUACAUCAACGCCAAUUACAUCGAUGGCUACAAGAAACCUAACUGCUACAUUGCAACGCAGGGUCCACUACCUGAAACCUACUCUGACUUCUGGCGCAUGAUAUGGGAGCAGCGUGUGUCCAUUGUGGUCAUGAUGACACGACUGGAGGAACGCGCCAGAAUCAAGUGUGACCAGUACUGGCCAUCGCGAGGCUCCGAGUCGUACGCCAACGGCACCAUCACGGUGACCCCUCUGCCCGGCCCCGACGGACUUCUCGAGCUCGCCUACUUCACCAUCCGACGAUUCAACAUCGCGCAUUGCAGUGGAAGCGAGGUGCGCGAGGUCACGCACCUCCAGUUCACCAGUUGGCCGGACCACGGCGUGCCCGAGAGUCCGCCGAUCCCGCUGCUGCUCUUCAUGCGACGCAUCCGACGCGCCAUGGCCACAGUCGGCAGCAGGGAGUCUGUGUCGCUGGUGGGAGGCGGUGCCGCGUCGACUUCUGUUGCCUCCAGCGACUCCGAUCCUGCGACCUGCGGGCCAAUGGUGGUGCAUUGCUCCGCUGGUGUCGGUAGGACAGGUGCCCUGAUCGCAUUGGACAUAAUGCACGACCAGAUGAAGUACGAGAACGCGGUGGAUGUGCUGGGUUGCGUGACUGCUUUGCGAGCGCAGAGGAACUUCAUGGUGCAAACCGAGGAGCAGUACAUUUUCGUGUACGACGCACUCCUGGAAAUGGCCGAAGGCGGAUACACCGAGGUUCCCGCUAGGGGCCUAUACGCUCAGUACAAUUCCCUACUGCAGCCGGAUGGAAUGGGAUAUUGUGGGUUUGACAUUGAGUUCAAGAAAUUGGAAAGCUUUUUCCUACCCAAGGCCAGUUUUACUUCAGCUUUUCUUCCGCCUAAUAAGUGCAAAAAUCGAUUUUUCGAAGUACUUCCAUACGAGAAAUCUCGGGUCUCGCUGACACCUCUGCGAGGGGUGGACGGAUCGGAUUACAUCAACGCGAGCUUCGUUGAUAGUUAUCGAGCACGUCGCGCAUACAUUGCUACGCAAGGACCGAUGGCCGAGACGCUGGAAGACUUCUGGCGAAUGUGCUGGGAACACAACUCCGCGAUUAUAGUAAUGAUAAGCCAGGCAACUGAACAAGGAAAGGAGCACUCCUAUCCCUACUGGCCUUCUAAACGUUCCGCUCGAUACCAGCACUUUGUUAUUGAUCCCAUGGUGGAAUACAAUAUGCCCACAUACACCCUCCGGGAGUUCAAGGUCACUGAUACUCGAGACGGUGUUUCUCGCACUGUUCGUCAAUUCCAAUAUACGGAAUGGCCCGAAGUCGGUGUUCCAAGCAACUAUGAGUCUUUUAUAAACUUUAUUAAUCAAAUCCACAAAACGAAGGAACAAUUCGGACAGGAUGGCCCCAUUACCGUGCACUGCGGCUGUGGAUCGGGUCGAACUGGUGUAUUCAUACUCUUAUCAAUAGUUCUUGACCGUCUCCGAUGUGAAGGCGUGGUUGAUAUUCUUCAGACAGUUCGUCUUCUGCGCACACAACGCCCUGGUAUGAUCCAGUCGUCGGAGCAACUGCAAUUCUGCUACAAAGCGGUCCUCGAAUACAUCUCAUCGUAUGUACGAUAA